AGCAACAACAACAACAGCCAUCACAACCACAACAACAACAACAGCAACAACAACAACAACAACAAGAAAAUGAUAAUCCAUUGUCUAGAGGAACCUUGCCGACAACAGUAGCGUCAAACGACGAGACUCUCUUGUCCGGCACAUCUGCACAAGACAGCGCUCACAACGAAAGCGGUGAUCAGCAGCUGAAUAAGAACCCACUUAGAGCGGAUACCAGUAAUUACUACAGGAUUGUGAGCUUCGAUAUGAGUGGGGUCGAGGUCACAGAUGACGACCUGAGCAAGCUCGAAGAAGAACUUCGAAGCGAAAGAGCGCCAAGCCGCCGCUCUCAGGACUCAAACGCCUCGAUCGAGCCGGUCGCCGCCGACCAGGUGAUCGCUAGUGAAAUCGCUGAGAACGUGGUAAACAACAACAGCAGCACUAGUGCUGGGGGUAACAAUGGAAACGAUGCCAAUAAUUGUUUAAACUCUGAUGGCAACAUAUCAAAAUCUGCACCUGGGUCAGGUACACAGCACGCAAUUGAUAACCCUUUUAUUGUGCCAACGACUGCUGUAGCUUCAAUUACGACAACAGGUACUUUGGACGGCUACAGUGUUAACAUAAGGACAAACCAUACGAAGGACAAUCACGAAAGGGUGACAAUGGCUGAGGAAAGAAGGCAGGCAGCGUCCGCUGAGGAUAUGCUUACGAUAGACGUUGGCGGGGACGAACGGCUUCGACAAUCGCAGCAGAUGGAGUUACCCCACCGUCAGAUGGUCCCGGCAGUGAUGGCUGGCCAAAACCGAGAUGAGUGUCAUCCCGGCUCGGGUGAAAGUGCUGAAACGCAACCGUUGUCGCUUCUGGAUCAGGACGCUCAAGAAGCUUCUUCCCAGGAUCGCAAUGACCUGGAAGGCAGCGAGCCACGAGUUGGUGGAGGACGCGGAGGCGAAUGUGGCGUCAUGUCACCAAGUGAAGCUCAGCUCGGAAAGGUGCGGCCACUGUGGAUUCAAGACGAAGACGCCCCAAUUUGCAUGAACUGUGGACAAGAUUUCACCAUGUUUCGCAGGCGACAUCACUGCCGCGCUUGCGGAAAGGUGCUAUGCAGCAAUUGUUGUAAGGAUCGGGCUCGACUUCAGUUUAUGGAAGGUGAAUUAGCUAGAGUGUGCUCCUACUGCAUCGAGAUACUUAACAAGGUAGAGCGUUGGUCUUCGCCAUCGUUUCGGCCUGACCCUUCGAAUCCUCUGGAGUAUUGCUCGACAGUCAGUCCUUUAGCACAAAUGUCUUCCACAGCUCAACUUCCGCCGCCGACCGUCAUGGUACCCGUUGGAGUCCUUAAAAAAGUCGGAGAAAAAUCUGCCGCCUCCGGCAGUGGGCUAUCGGGCAGUGUCUCCAGCGCAGGAGGUAGUGGCAGUAAGUCGGUCGUGUUUUCGGACGGUAUUCGACCGGGAGGGGAUCUUACGGAUCUUGACAUUCCUUCGACGCCGCCGGCGCAACGCGCACCCCAAAGGACUCUCAAGCAGGUCACAACCCCUGGUAGGUCCAAAGGGAGCGUACCGCGCAAAUUUCGUGCAUAUACGGCAUCGGAUUCUCUGGGCUCCUUACCAAAUGUCCUACUCUCGAAGGAGUUUACCUCAUACGAACAGCCUAUGACCGUCGGGACACUGUUCAACCUACUGCAAGAUUCUUCACUGCCUCCGGUGGCUUUUGGUCUAACCCGGCACAACAUACAAGUGAUGGCCAAAGUCGUAGAUCUGGAGUGCUGCGUUGGGAUUCGUGUUUGGUCGUUUUGCUCCCAAGGCCUAGCGGCAUUUGGACAGGAUGAGGUCGCCCUUGUACUCCAAUGGCACCAGGACGAUGAGCUCGCCAUACCGAGAGACGUCUUCAAGCUUUAUCGUGUCCUAUUUGAGAACGCGGGAAAAGCUGCCGUUGUAUCGGCUAUGGACCAUCUGCUAUUUCCUGGCGGCUUACUUGGCUCAAGCGAGCAUACCGGUUUCCUAUUCGUAAGACGGACUCUACAAUGCUCCGAGCGACUAGUAACGCCCAAUCCGCUUCGGGAGAGCACCUAUUUAGUUGCGUUGCUUGUUCUUAAGACUGAGGUUCCGUGGGCAAAACUGUUUCCGUUACGACUAUUACUUCGGCUAGGCGCCGAAUUUCGAUAUUAUCCCUGUCCGCUAGUAAGCGUCCGCUUCCGUAAACCGGUGUACUUUUUAGAGCAUCAGUCAAUACUCACUAUACUAGCAGACUUCACGAAUUACCAGUACACAAUUCAAAAUAUCCCUGGCCUAGUGAUCCAUACUGUUGGAAAGAAGACGACCAUCCUUGCGCCUAGAAAUCGUUAUGAACUGAUGAUGAAAGCCAGCACAACAAACGAAAACAUUCUGGCGCUAGGGGCGAACUUCUCGUUAAAGGCUGACUCGCAUCUCGUGUGCACUCAGUCGGACGAUGGCUCCUUCCAGUCUCAGACAUUCAAUUCCGCUUCUACUCAGAUAAGUGUAAGAGGCGCAAGCUUUGUGGUCUUCAGUGGAGCGCUGAAGUCCAAUUCGGGUUUCACGGCGAGGGGUUCCGUUGUCGAAGACGGCUUGCUCGUCCAGGUCAGUCCCAUCGAUAUGAGUCAGUUAAAGCAGGCCAUUCACGAUAUGCGUGACUACCGGAUCAUCUGCAAACAGACACUGCCCUCCAAUUUUUCAGGCUCCAAAAAAGUAACGACCGGAGGUGACAGUGCCGCCUCUCCAGCGGAGGUCGGGGAUUCGAACGCUGUUAGUCAAGAGGAAGAGGGAGAAGAAGAAUAUGUAGAACUUGUUUGGGCAGCCAAUGAGUCCACUCGUAAUGAAGGGGCGACCAGCGCUCUCGACGGCGCCUCAUUGGCUGGCGUGCCUUCGUGCAGAAUGUUCUCUGGAACUGAUUUUUCUAAUGACCGCUUUAUCGUUCGAUGGACCGAAGUUUUUUUCCUCGCUAGCAAGGAUACCGAGCUGGAUUUGCCCGAUCCAAAUCGUCUGAUCGACGCAACAGGCCGUUCUAUGUGUAUUGCUCUGCUCCCGCACGCAGCUAAGCUGUACGAAAUGGACUUGACUAAACUUGCUCUUAGAAUCAGCUUAGACCCGGAGCAGUUUGGUUACGAAAUCGGCGCAGGAGGUGCUGCUUUGGCGCCCGAGUUUUUGGGUGAAGUAGAUAAUGCCCUCGUACCAAUAAUAACAUCUCUGGACGGCUCACAUCAGCCGAUGACCAUUGAGCUUAUCUUCUACGUUCUACUCAAGUAAACUCAAAUAGUUCAACAAUGGCAUAAUUCUGCUGACGCGGAUACGCUUAAGCGGUACGUUUAGGAUUGACUAGUUGUGCUCAAUGGAGGACGCUCCGUUGAGCUGGUCAUGGCCAGGACACGAAAUCGAUGUACGGAGAUAAUGUAGAAGAUCCUACUGAACUACGGUUAAGCUUUUCUGUUGACUAUCUCUAGACUCUGAUAGGAAGGGUCAACGUGCCGUGAGUUUAACUUUCUCCAUGCGGACACAGUGGCGACUUAACUCUCACGAGAUACGAGUACGAACUAACGACAGACGGGUAACCUUCUUGUAAUAACUAUUGCUUGCUGGAGUAGCACCCGAAGGUUUGAACGGACUUGGUGAUAUCAAGUCGAGAUUUCAUAAUCGUUUAUGGAUCGUCGUUCAAGAAACAAUGAACAUCAAUCACUUGGCUCUUCCGAGAUCGCUUCGGUCGAGCCAUAUUGCUUGGGUGUGCAUCAGUGAGUCAAGCACAUGUAACAAGGUAGCAGCAUAAUGUGCUAAGGGUCAGAAUGAACUUAAUUCAUGCAUGAAAUGCGGGACGAGAUAAUCCUCGUCGCAGAUAGGGUCAGUUACCGCGGGUGGGCAUAAGUCGUUUGUAGCUUUAGUUGGUACAUACCGUUGAUUCCUUGUUGUCUUUUCCCCAGAAACACGUUUAGAUUUGGUGCGUGUAAAUAGAUGUAAUACCUACGUACAAAGCAUGUAUGUACUGUUCUCGGUCACUGAGUUGCUCCUUCAUUGUCGGUGAUGCGUGCAUUUUGUUGACGCGAACACACCUGGUUCGCAAGAUUCCUCAUUCAUAUUCGUUAAUCAUUACUACUGUUACCUGUUGUAUCUGAUUGCACGACUGGUUUCUUUAAAAAUUCUUCUAUUCUAAUACAUAAUACAAGCAACUAUAUUAUUAUGGGAGUGAAGAGAGAAACAGACUACAAGGUAGAGAAUGAAAGUGAUAUACGCACCGAAAUCCUAAAAAGAUACUGCUCGCAGAAGACCACACUCAAACCGCGUAACGCUUCCAUCUAAAUUCACCUAUAAAUUCAAUGGGUUGCCGUUUUUCUAAAUCACUUUGUUAGAAUAGUAAUUCGUACGAAAAUAACAAAUGCGAUAAUAUAGAUUAGAAAAUACAUCACUGUCCAGUGUGCACCAAGUCACGAACGUCGAUGUACAUUGAAUGCUUAUUUGUAACAGCAGCGAAUAUUAUUAUGUUUACGCAAGCAGUCACACCAACACACCUACACAGUAAAAUAUAUAUACAAUUAAAUGAUAUAUAUAUAUAUAUAUAUAUAUAUAUAUAUAUAUAUAUAUUAUACGUAUAUACAUUUGAAUGCAAAGGAGAUAGCCGAUCGCAAAGGGAGUCAAAUAGUCACGCAAUAAUGUCGCGGAUUGGUCUUAGUGUCUCUAGUCAGCUUGGACGAAAAAAAGCGUAAGAAUAAGCCCAACAUAUUGCGCUGGUAUAUAUAUAUAUAUAAUGUUGUAGAAUGAUGAAUAUAUACUGUUGCACAAAAUCCGCACGUACGUGAAGUCUGAUACGGCCUUGCUUGACAUAAACUGAAGUGACACCGAGCAACAACAGAUUAAACAACCCUGUUAUUAAACCAUAUUUUUUAUAUUAUGUAUCAAAUGAAAAAGUGGCGAUGCGUUAUUGACGAGGAAAAUGAUAACAAAUUCACAUCGUGAAUAUAGACUACCCCACGAAAGCCACAACAUGAAGAGGACCGCUGGGAUUACGAUCACGAUUUGGGGAAAAUAAAUGUUGAAAGGGCGUUUUUGCUGUACGAACUGUUAUUACAACAUGAACGCUGAUCAAUAAAAAUCAAAUUCAUUCUAGUAACAACAUUAAUAAUGAGAGAGAUCUUUGAACGAACACUGAGAUACUCCUGGUAAGGUCCAACUGGAUUUAUUUUGGGCUUAUCGAAACUAAUUCUAAAUCAAAGUCUUCAGGAAGUCUAAUGAAUAGCUUUCUUUAUUGAAAAUGAAAUGUACCGCCUAGUGCAGUAAUAAUAUCUUAACGUUGAUUUUUUUUAAAGUAAGCGCCGAUACCCCUCGCCCUUACGAAUAUGUCCGACUCCUCCCAAGUAUGCACGAUAUCUAGUUAAGUAGAUUUAGAACUCAGCCAUGUGAAAGGUUUUCGUGAAACUGCAAACGUAGGUCACCAUUUUCGCCGCUUAACUUCCUUCUCUUUUUAUCCUGAACUCCUCUUAAUUUAAGCAUAUCUACUGUUCAUAUCGAGGGCGAAACUUGAACCGGCAAUGUUUGACACUUUUAGCUUACUUAAAGUACAGACAGCUGCAGCGAUAAUUGACAUUAGCAUUAAGAUAGGGGAGAAAGGAAUGGUCAUUAGUGAUCAACUGAAAAUGCCGAAGAAAGCAAUUGCUUAAUCAAAAAGACAAGUUUUUUUGCGAUAGACAAGUUUUUUGCGAUAUCAGAAAGACACGUCUAUCAACCGGAAAAAUUGAGAUGGAACUGUCGCUCGUAGUUCGUUUUUUUCAUCAUAUUCAAUAGUACUAACUAUCCAUACCUAAAAUUUUAGCUUUUCAAUGAAAGAGCACUAUAUCAGCUAAGUAGAACUCGUCGGGCGGACAUUAUGACACGAAGAGAAUAACAAAAAAUUAAUAAUGAUAUAUCCCGACCUACUUCGAUACCCAGACACAGCGUUUUCAUAUUUCUUGUGCAAAUUUUGUAUAUGGAUACGCUAAAUAGACUUUAGAAAAUAGGAUUUAUUUAUGGAGUACGGUUCGAUUAAUUCGACAGAUACUACAUGUCUCUACACAAGAUAUCGUGCAUGUGUUUUGAAUACUAAAUGGCGUCGAGUGCUGCAACGCCGUCGUUAAGCAAUCUCUCCAACCAGGUACAUCGAUACCAAAAUUAUCAAUAGAUCAUUUUUAAAAUUCUAUGCUCGUCCAAUAUAACUAUUUUUCUUCUGAACACAAAUAAAAUAUCGAUCUUUUUCGUUUGGGCGCGGUAUCUGCCUUAACACAUUCCCGUUUGGAAGGGAAAUAAGCCUUAAGAACGACGAAAGCUUGGUUUAGCCUUUGCAUACCUCUUCGUUGUGUUGGCUGUUGAGUUCUGUCCUUUUGGUGCUGCCUUGCCAUUUUUUCUAUGAAAAACUACUGAACACAGCUACCCGAGACCCUAUGUGGACGGCUCAGCGCGACGGCAUAUUCCUUAAGCCCUCCUGGAACACUCAAAAAUUGUUCGAUAUCGCAAGUAGCUAGGCUAUAAAAAGCCAGAAAAGAAGCCGCUUCGGAUCAUCUCCUGCGUUCUUUAAAGGAGAGCUGGCUCCCCGGACAAAAAUAGGCCACUGAGCCGAAGACUCGGCUAAGCCUACGUUGAAUCUACGGAUACCAGAUAACCACAUCGGCACAAUAGGAACACAUACGAUGGACGCUGACAGCGAAUGGCUAGCAAAAAAGCAAGCCUUUUCAUGUUUGCUUCUGUCGAUUGCGGAGGCAGUCGGUAACACAGUCAGUGCCAUACGCGAGUUUUCCCAUUGAGCCGAGCAAGCUAAACAUGAUCAAAACAUACAAACUGACAGUUAAGCUGGCUCAACAUCGGUGAUUCGCGCCUGGUCAUCGCAGUGCAGCAUUCGGCCCACCACCUGUCCCGGACUUUUAGUCAAUUUUGGUAGUGGCACGCGCCGUCUGCGGAUUGCAUACUUGUGUACAUGAAAUCUGCGGAGGGGCUUGGUUUGUUCACGAAAUUCUUAGCUAGCGUUUCGAAGCGAGCGUAGUUCGGUUGACUGAAAUCGUGAUAUCGCGAGAAACCAAGAGUUAAAAAUUUUGCUUCAGAAUCCAUAGCGACAUGUAAUCGUCUACAUUUUAUCUAUUUAACUUUUUUAUGUGAUUGUUGUGGUGUACAAGUUAUUUAAUUACACAAGUUAACAGAUUGCUGCUCAUGAGCUGGUGGAUUAUGAAACCUGGCGGACCUUCAGAAGAUAGGAUCACAAUACUGAUCCACGGCAAUAGAAAGCAAUUGAUCUUGUAAAUAUAUCAUUCUAUUUUAGUUUCUGCUAACAAAUCGUUGCGAAGUUUCGUCUACAAACAGAAAUAUUAAUCAAAACGCCACAGUACUAUUUGGUUCAACAACAACAAUUUUAGUUCUAGCUUCGGAUUUUUGUUCGAUUAUAUAUACUUGAUUUGCUCAUCAUUAAGCAAAAAACAACUGUUACACUGUGUAUUAAAAAUAAAAAAAAAUACUGUAAAAAAUAAAUUGGAAAAGCAAUUUUAGUCAAUAGGAGGUACCAUAUGAUAUGAGGCUAUGCAUUCCCAUAGGGAAUUAAGUGUACUGAGAUAAAAUACGCAGUGGAAAAGAUAAUCUAUGGAUGUAUUGUUUAACGCUUUUCCCUGCUAUAUAAGUUCUGAUAAACAAGAAUUAGGGUACUUAUUUUUCGAAAUAGUUCGAUUUAUCUGUUCAAAAAACCUAAAUUUGCUGAGUCUUCACUAGAUGCGUAGUAGAUGCAUAGUAGGCGAAGUAUUUUUGCAUUAUUGUUGUAACACUGCUGACUUCUGAGAAGGGCCACAUUAACAAAAUCCAAUCAACAACAGGGCGAAUUCACAUGCUUGGACUGUAAAUCAGAUUAUUACACGGCGUGUUAAUUUACCAACGUACCAAAUACAAACAACACAUAUGCAUGUAACAACGAUUGCAUUCCGCCGACGCAGUGUUUAUUGAUUAUUUAUUACGCAAAAAAUAACAUUGUUGUGUUCUAUCCUCAAAGGAAUUAUUCGUGUCUCAUUCCAUGUGGUUUAUUACUUCACGUUUCGUUUUGCUCAUCGUCUCAUUGCUUUGCUUCUAUGCGGUCUAAUGUUCUGUCAUUUUCAUGACAUUUUCACAUACUUUUUUCCCAUUAUUUCAUAAUUUUUACAACGUUCACCACGCGGCACUGGUACACAUGAGUUAGGCUUGACAACAAUAACACCGUCGUGCCGUUUCAACGAAACCUCGACAAUCUAGCAAACGCCUCAGCAUAGCACCAGCUUCUCUCAGCGGCACUCGUGCCCGUGGCCAGAGUCCUGUGAUUCCACAGGAAGGUUUCAAUCACUACCGUGCUUUGUUGUUGUUUUCCACUCAUUCAUUUUGCUGUUGUAUACUUAUCAUAUCUUGCGCAUCCGCCCGUUAAUGGAUCCGCGUAUCGGGGUAUUGACUGUGUUACUGUGUCAAUAGAGCGUAAGCUUAGGAUUUAUCGAGUACGGUUAAUUAUCGAAAACAACGUAUCCUCGUAUGGUAUCACCAAGCGUUGUAUUGACAUCAUCAUACACUAUUUUAUUAAUACAAAAUGCAGGCAAUCAUUAUAAUGAAAAUAAUAGUGUCUUUGCCGCCUUUCAAAUAGAGGGGUGAGCUAACUCCAAAUUCGAUAAACUCGUCUGCACACUUCGGAAUACAAACGAGUAUAGGUGCUAUGAGAAUUGUUCAGUAUCGAUGCAUAUUAUGUGGAGAAAUGAUCAAAAGACUAUUAAUGAGAACAAACGCACCUUGCUACAUAGCAAAACUGUAACAAUUGGAAUAAUAACAACAAUAGUUGAAAGAAUGCGUCGUUAAUUAACCAGACUUCAAUGCAAUGUUCAGCUAUCCAUAAACAAGGUGGACUGUCUAAUUACCGCAGUAAUGCCGAAAUGAUGUAAUUCAAAACUUGGAUACAAAUUUGCUUGUCAAAAUGAGAGGGGAAAUUUUGACCAAAAAUAUUUUUUUCUUAAUGAUAUUGUCAAUGUUGAUUGAAUAUAGAUGCAUCCG